AUGGCGUUGUUAUAUGGUUUGACCGAAGACGUGACGAUGGAAAUUUUGUCAUGGCUACCUCCAAAGUCAUUGAUCCAAUGCAAGUGCGUAAGCAAGUCCUGGAACUCCUUCAUCGGUUCAUUAAUGGAAAACCCUUACUUUGUUAACAAACACCUCAACCAUAUGCCCUACACCCUAGUUUUUCGUCGGAGCCGCCUCUUUCACGCCUACCGUCGGUUCAAUCACGACAAUCCAUUAUCACUGCUCACUAUAUUCCAUGCUGGAGCUGAUCAUAGCGACCGCAUUGCUUUCAUCAAUGAAAUUAUCGACAUUCCGCGUUUUGAAGGUCGAAAGGAGAUGGGUUCUGUUUGGCUUAGCUAUCAUUGUAAUGGAAUCUCUUGCAUGGUGAAUAGCUCCAAAACUGUAAUCUUGUGCAACCUGGAAUUGCGCGAGUUCAAGGUUGUUCCGGAGACGACAUAUGAUCUUUGUCAGGCGCUUAUUGGAAACAAAAAGUUCAACGGUCUAAAACGAAUGGGAUUUGGCUACGAUAUCAGAGCUGAUGUCUACAAGAUUGUUAUAAUAUUCUCCUGGUAUAACAAUACUAACAAGGGAUAUACCAUAUGUGCCGAGGUAUAUGACCUAACUACUAAUUCGUGGAAGGAUAUCAAGUUUAUGGAAGGCGAGGCCUUUGACAUUAAUUAUGGUUGGGGAGCUGAGAAUAAGGGUGUAUAUUGCAAAGGGUUUUAUUAUUGGUUGGUGGACAGCAAUUUCGGGCGAAGGAUCCUUUCUUUUGAUAUGUGCAAUGAGGUGUUUCGAAUCUUGCCAUCGUUGCCAAAUACUCGUUAUAAGAACGUGGAAAUCGCGGUGUGGAAUGACUCCCUUGCUUUGUUUAUUUGGUGCAAUAAUUUGAGAAAAUGGAGUAAAGAUCCAAUGUCGAUUGAGAUUUGGGUGAUGGAGGAGCAAAGCGGCGAGUGGUGCAAUGUUUUUAGUAUUGGACCCUUUGAGGACAUGUGGGCUCCGUUGACAUUUUGGAAGAGAGAUGAGCUUCUUAUGGUGACUAAAGACGGAGAGAUAGUCUCGUAUAACCUUGGAAGUAAAAAGUUAAGGAAACUCGACAUUCAUCCGGACGAUCGGAUGCAUUGUUGGGGCUUUUAUGUGAAGAGUCUUGUUUCUGUGAAUCAGAGAAGAAGUUAG